UUUUUUUUUCGUGCUACGCCCAGUUUCAAUUAGUCCUUCACGAUUUUAAGACGGCUCUCUGUUAACUAGAAUAACAAUGAUCGACAUCAAACCAGACCAUUACUACGACAAUGUCGAAACUGGCAUUCCUGUCUUCCGUCCCACCAUGAAUCAGUUCAAAGAUUUUUCAACAUUUGUAGAAUCCAUUGUUAGCUAUGGUCGUGAAGCUGGUCUUGUCAAGAUUAUUCCCCCAAAAGAAUGGACCGCUGCUCUUCCUGAUCUUUCUGAACGCUUGGCUUCAGUGAGAAUUAAGACUCCUAUUAUCCAACAUAUCAGAGGCACCAAAGGAAUUUACACUCAAACCAAUAUCGAAUCUAGAAAGUCAUACACUGUCCGUGAAUUUAAGACCCUCUCGGAAGACUCGGACCAUCGUCCUCCAAGUCGUAAAGGUGUCCCACAUGGUCCCGCUGACCCCCUUCCUCGUCGCAAGCGAAAUCGCAAGCCCACUACUCUCCAGACCGAUGCUGUCCCUAUGGAAACUGAUACUGACUCGCUACCGACCACGCCGACCCGUCUUCAAGAUGACACAUUCUCGAUGAAUGAGGAUUCGAGCGAUGCCUUGGUUCCCACGAGCACAACUUCCUCAGCAACUCAAAGCCCUAAUCGACCCUCUUUGGCAACAAUUGGCUCUAAUAUAGUACGCAAACAUUUACUUCGCCGGCCAACAAGCCCAUCACCACCGUCACGAAGAAGAUCUGGACCUACUACAGUGCAGGAUCCGUUUAUCUCUCUUGUACCUGAAGCUAAGGAUGAUAUGGAGAGCGACUCUGCUACUGCCAAAGGAGAUAAUCAGACAAGGACAAAGGAUAUAAAGUUACAGGAUCAGGAAGAACUUGAACCGCCUGUGACAGAUUAUAAGGUUGUUCAUGGCGAAGAUUAUACAGUAGAGUACUGUAAGGAGCUGGAGCGAAACUACUGGCGCAACCUCACUUUUGUUCAACCCAUGUAUGGCGCGGAUAUGUCUGGCUCCUUGUUUGAUGACAGGACCAGCUCAUGGAACACACAGUGCUUGGGCGAUUUACUGUCAAGGAUUGAUCAGAAUCUACCUGGAGUCAACACGCCAUACCUCUACUUUGGAAUGUGGAAAGCAACGUUUGCAUGGCAUGUGGAGGAUAUGGAUUUAUACUCAAUUAAUUACCUGCAUUUCGGAGCGCCCAAGCAGUGGUACUGCAUAAGGCCAGAGCAUAGCGCUAGAUUCGAAUGUAUCGCCCAGGGAAUCUUUUCAUCUGACUACAAGAACUGUCCACAGUUUUUACGUCACAAGACUUACCUUCUCUCACCCACAAAAUUGGCAGCGGAUGGUGUACCCGUGAACAGACUGGUCCAACAUGAAGGUGAAUUUGUGUUGACAUUCCCUUUCGCAUAUCACUCUGGAUACAACCUUGGAUUUAAUUGCGCGGAGUCCAUCAAUUUUGCGCUUGAUGAUUGGAUUCCCAUUGGACGUAAGGCGGAGUCAUGCAAGUGCAUCAGCGAUAGUGUUCAGAUUGACGUCGAAGCAAUUUUUGAAUCAUCAAUCCACAACAAGUCUGAAUCUGCGUCCCAAUCCCGUUUCAAGAGCAAGCCAACCAAAAAGGCUACCGAUGUAGAGAUGAAGGACGAAAAUGCACCUGAUGAACUUUUAAACAAUACCUCAAGGAGGAGGAAACGAAGCUCAGCAAGCAGGGAACAGGAAGCAGAUGAAUUAAGACCAUCAGAAAAUGUUACAACAAUAUCUCGAUCUACUCGAAGCAAAACAGAAUCAUCAUCAAAACCCAUAAGCAAAAGAGCAAAGACUGAUCCAGCAAAGAAAUUCGAUUGUUACUUGUGUCCGAUACAGGAUUUCGAUGGUGAGAUGCUUCCGACUAAUAAUGGCAAGCAUUGUCAUAUGAUAUGUGCCCAAUAUAUCCCCGAAACCUACAUGACAGGAGAAGAGGAAGAUGAAGUGGUAGUUCAUGUAGAGGGUGUUCCUGCAGCAAGACGUAGAUUGCGAUGCUUUGUCUGUGAAAAGAAGAUGGGCGCAUGUGUACAGUGCUGUAAAGGAAAAUGUAUUCGAUCAAUGCAUGCAAGUUGUGCUGAAAAAUCGGAUAUGUAUGUCGACGAAGUACUUCAAGAAGAUGGCGAAAGCAUUGAGUAUCAAGUCUAUUGUCCUACCCAUGACCCUCGACAAGAAAAAGAAAGGGAGGCAGAGUAUAAGGCAUGGAAAGAUAUGAUGCAGAAAAAACUGAAACCAGGACUAUCGAUCUGGGCACGUUGGAAUGACAAUGUGUAUUAUUCGGGUGUAGUUGAGAGCAUAUUCUACGACAAGCUUAAUUGCAAGAUUCAAUUUAAUGACGGAUAUGCCAAGACAGUGACAUGGAAAGACAUCUCAUUGGACAAGAAACAACCUGCAACAGGGAGUCGGACAGCUGGAUAUGUACAGCGUGGAUGAAAGAGAAAACAGGUGACACUAGGUCAGAUGGACAGGUGACAAUCAACAGAUGAGUCAUCGAUCCUGGCCGCAAAAGCUUCCUAUUCAUUCUUAUGAUCAUUCUUUUUUAUCCUCCGCA